GAUGGAGAAGACAAACAAAUGAAGCUAAAAGAAGCUUGUUCACUCCUCCAGAAUUCUAUUUUCAAGAAAAGGCUAAAGGCCCAGCUUUAUAGAAAGCUUAGUAGGAAUUUUUUGUAGGGAGCGGAUGAAACACCAAAUUUUUCGUGUUACCUAAGUAUGAGUACCUAUGAUUCUUUGCAAUUUGGUCAUAAAUCAAAGGUACAACAACAUCUCAAUACUCCAUAAAAAACAAUAUCUCAAUUUGUAACAUAAAUGGAAGAUGUAAAUAAGAAGAAAAAAAGUUAUGCCAAUGAAAGUACAACAGUGGCCUAACUAGAACGUAUGGUUUUAUGUAAAACAGUCCAAUUCUUGCAAGAAAUGAGAAAGAAUCAGCAGCGAAUCAGGGUAUAAGUUGUUCAAGUUCAUUCAUGUCUGUUAAACAUGUUGAUAUACUAGACAUACAACACCAAUCAGCUACACUUGAUAUUUGCAGACUUGAGGGGUUGAAACCAAAAAACAUCACUGUUGCAGACUCUUAUUGGGGAAAACACUACCAGAGAAAAAAGCAAAAUUCUAACUGACCACAGCUUCUAGUCAAAUGUCCUGUUCCAGCUGAUGGUAGCUGGAGCCUAGUAAGUUCAAGUAGGCCAGUAUGUUCCAGCAUGUAGCCUAUAUAAAGGCAGGUCCUUGUAAUAUUUGGGCAAGCAAUGAACUAUCUACUGUACCUGUGCUUCUCCUCUGCCCCCUCUGAUUCUCUAAUCCUUUCCAAUUCCCUCCCACUGAACCACGGCACCCACGCGGGGACAACUUACGUAGUGUAGCAUUAUUGACCCACCCUACAACCUUCGUAGCCCACGUCGACUACAACAUCACUUAAUGCCCGAUUCAGACGGCAAUACAAAUGGACACAAAGGACAACAUCAGAGGGUCAAGUCAUCGAAAUAAACUUGAGUGGCAACAAGAAUCAAAGUUCAAAGCACAAAGACGUUGAAUCUUCUUUUCCCCCUUUCUUCUGUAAACUGAGAUAUUAUUUUCGAGAUGAUUUUUCUGCAACAUCAAAGUCCAAAGCACAAAGAUGCGGAAUCUUCCUUUUCCCCUUUCUUUUGUUGCCGACGUUGACUACAACAUCAUUCGAUGUCCAAUUCAGACGGCAAUAGAAAUGGACACAAAGGACAACAUCAGAGAGUCAAGUCAUGGAAAGAAACUUGAGUGGCAACAAGAAUCAAAGUCCAAAACACAAAGACGCUGAAUCUUCCUUUCCCCCUUUCCUCUGUAAACUGAGAUACUAUUUUUGAGAUGAUUUUUCUGCAAGGUUGGCUAAACUAAAAAACAGAGAAAAUUGGUAGGCUUCAAGACUUUAUCAUACAUAAGGCUACACAGGUUUUCCACACAAUGAAAUUAAGAUUACUAUAAAUCAAUCAUACGAAAUAAUAGCAUCUCUUGGGUGGGUAAGGAUUAAGGAAUAUUAUUAGACUACAAGUAUCCAUCAUUUUCUUUAAAUAAAGGACUAUCCGUCAUAUGUGCCUUAUUAACAAGAGUAUAUAAAUGUAUUCGGGUUCAACGGGAUACAUAGUCCUGCAAGCUGGAUGCUUGAAAUGGGUGUUUCUUUUUAAAAUGAUGGGACUUUCACCACAGCCUUAAUUGAAGGCUAGACAGACACCUGGCAACCGAUUAAUCGCAAUAAUUCUAAACUAUGGCUAAGUGUGUUUUCUUUAGGUACUCUCUUCAAGAAACAGAGCAUAUUCUUAACUCUUAACUCCAUUAUACUGAAUGUACAUGAGAUAUUUGCAGUAAGUACUAUUCUGAACUUGGCACUUCUAAUUACGAAUACUCAAAUGCCAAGUUCCCUUGACCCUAGGUAAUCUCCAGCUCACCACAUCUGAGUCAGCCAAAGAAUAAUGUCUGGACAAAAUGUACUCUGACCAUACUUGUGUACGCAAAGCAUGCCACGUUGCAUCAAGGUUCAUUUGAAGUUAUUGUCCAUCUUUAGAUGCAUUUGUUUACUUUCACUUAUGACCUACAUGAAAAAAGAGAAUAGACUUUCUCUCUCUCACACACACAAAAGAGAGAGAGAAUAGACUACAGACGGUCACAAGAACUUUCUGCCUUUGCUGCAACGAACCACUCAGAUUAGAUAUUUUCUGCACAUAGGAUUACAGCUUAUGGCCUUGGUACUCCAAUGUCUGAAUUAUGAGAAGCCAAGUUCCCUCCAUCCUAGGCAACCCCGCAACUGACAGUCAGACAGUAAUACGAUUUGAACAAACAGUCCAUAUUAUAGGUGAACAUCAAAGAAAUGUAUGAAACUUCAUUUUCAGUUGUUUUCCGUCUUUAAAUGCAAUCGUAUUAUUUCAUUCCGAUACAUUUGACCUGACAAAAGACUACAAAAGGUUUAUUUGGAUCCUCUGCCUUUGCUGCGAGGGAACAGCUGCAUAUAUCUCCGUCUACAUCCCACUAGUCAUUGUCUUAGCUACAGUUUUUUGUUAAGCUUGACCGUGUUUACAGAUCUUGGAUGAAACCAGAAAUGCUAGACAACGCUUGCUUGGAGAUUUCUAGCCUUUUGGGGUUACACUCGAUGGUUCUUUCUAGAAAUUUUAGUUCGGAUUCAUAACUUCUGUUAAAAUAUGAGAUAUGCUUUUUGUAGGAUGAUUUUUUUAAGGGUACAAAGCAGAGACAUACAACACCCGCUGCGCAUCUCCAAUCUGGCAAUGUCAUACUAUGUGCUAUGAUAACUUAAUCUAGGGAUCGACAAUAUUUGUCAGGGUGUUCCUUAAAAUCAAUCCAAGGAUGCGAUUGAAAAUAACUUGAACAAAUAUCACUGUCUCGUCAACUGUUGAAACUUCUAGACAAUGAUAGCUAUUGAAAGACCAGAGAGUAGACUUGGUAUGGAUGCUGCAAGGUAAUCACAAUAUAAAGUACUGCACCAUGGAGUGCAACCUGGAACUAUAUACCAUUAGUUGCCCAUGAAGCGCUUGCAUCCUGCAUGCCGCUUGUUGAGUUGUAGCUUGCAAGUCACACGCAUGCCUGCAAUGAAGCAUGCAUCCUUCCUUCAGCGCUUCCUCCUCCUCCUGUUCGGUCUUAUCAUCACAACCUUGGCCUCCAGCGAUGAUCAAUUUCUCUUCUCCGGCUUCAACCAAUCCAGCCUAACCCUCGAUGGUUGUGCCGUGGUCACAGACGCCGGCCUCCUUGAUCUGUCCAAUGGCACAACUGCUCUCAAUGGUCAUGCCUUCUACCCUACUCCUCUGCAAUUCCGCAAGUCGCCCGGUGGUAAAGUUCAAUCCUUCUCAGUCAAUGUAGUUUUCAGCAUCUUCAUCGCAUACCAAGACUUGAGAGCUGGAGGCAUGGCCUUCUUCAUUGCCCCCACCAAGAAUUUCUCUGAUGCACGGGCUGCCAAGUACUUUGGCCUCCUCAACGAGAAGAACAAUGGCAAUACAAGCAAACACAUCUUCAUGAUUGAGCUCGACACGUACAAAAAUGCUGAGCUCCAAGACAUCGACGACAACCACAUCGGUAUCGACAUCAACAGUGUAAUCUCCUUGGAAUCCAACACGUCCGGCUUCUAUGAAGACGAGGGUGGUGCCUUCAAGAGCAUGAUGCUGAAUGGCAACGAGGCUAUGCAACUGUGGGUGGAUUACAACGAGAGUGAUACGCAGAUCAAAGUGACCUUGGCUCCAAUCAACCUGCCCAAACCAUCAAGGCCACUGCUCUCUGCAACAUAUGAUCUCUCAACUGUACUCUCCGGCUCAGCUUCAUACAUUGGAUUCUCAUCCGUAUCUACUCUCAUCAACACCCGUCAGUAUGUGAUGGGCUGGAGCUUUGGCAUGAAUCAACCAGCUCCAUCCAUUGACAUCUCCAAGCUUCCCAAGUUGCCUUUUGUUGGUCCCAAGGCCCAGUCCAAGCUCUUGAUGAUCGUCCUACCAAUAGCCACUGCAACACUGAUCCUCUCUAUGGGCACUCUUGUCACUCUAGUUGUGCGAAGGCGACUGAAGUAUGCUGAGGUGCGUGAGGAUUGGGAGGGAGAGUUUGGUCCGCAUCGGUUCUCGUACAAGGAUUUGUUCCAUGCUACGGGAGGGUUCAAGAACAAACACCUACUUGGAGAAGGGGGUUUUGGGAAAGUAUAUAAAGGAGUUCUUCCAUUGUCUAGUGUGGAGAUUGCUGUGAAGAGGAUGUCUCAUGAGUCAAGACAGGGGAUGAAGGAAUUUGUCACCGAGGUUGUUAGCAUCGGUCGACUCCGUCAUCGAAAUGUUGUGCAGCUACUUGGCUAUUGCCGGAGAAAAAGUGAACUGUUUUUGGUUUAUAAUUACAUGCCAAAUGGUAGCCUUGAUAAAUACCUACAUUGUGAAGACCACAGGGGCAUUUUGAAUUGGGGUCAGAGGUUUCGAGUCAUCAAAGGCAUUGCUACCGGCUUGCUCUAUCUCCAUGAGAAGUGGGAGAAGAUAAUAAUCCAUAGAGACAUCAAGGCAAGCAAUGUACUCCUGGAUGGUGAAAUGAAUGGGCGGCUUGGUGACUUUGGCCUUGCAAGGUUAUAUGAUCAUGGCACUGACGCACAAACCACACAUAUGGUUGGUACAAAGGGGUACCUAGCCCCGGAGCUACUGCGGACAGAGGGAAAUGAAGUUUUCUUGGUAGAUUGGGUACUCGAGCAUUGGAACAACAAAGCGCUUAUCAAGACAGUGGAUACUAGGCUGCAAUGUGACUUCAGCAUUGAUGAGGCAUGCCUCGUGUUAAAGCUGGGACUUUUGUGCUUGCACCCAUUUCCUAGUUCAAGGCCCAGGAUGCGGGAAGUUAUGCAAUACCUCGACGGUGACAUGCCACUGCCCGAGCUGAGGAAGACGGAGCUGAGCGUGAACAUGGCGGCCCUGGUGAAAAGCAAUGGACCGAACUUGGUCAUCAUGUCAUACCCGCAAAUCACAUCGAGCUUCUGCACGAUAUCUGGCCUCUCAGGAGGAAGAUGAUAUCCACGGCGCUUCGUCGCUGACUAGCUAUGCUGCUUACUAUAAUAGUAUAAGCACAUGUAUCAAUGUCGUAGUAUGUCCUAGUAGAAAUAAACAUAAGCACAGUAUCAGUUACAUGUCUGAAGUCUGUACUACGUACAACAUUUUCAUUCAGAUGCUCAUAAGGUUGUAUCUUGCAUGUAACUAUGUAUUCGAUGGUUUUAUGUAUUUAAGUGUUCUGAACCCUUCUGUGCAACA